AUGGCACCUCAAGGCAAAAGAAAGAGAGAUGAUGGUGAGUCCCCUCUUUCGAGAGAGGAUAAAACUGUUCAGCCUGCUGCAUCAUCUCUAGAUAGAAAUGCAGAUGAAGUUUCAUUUCCAAGAGGUGGUGCUUCCGCUCUGACUCCAUUGGAAUUGAAACAAGUCGCUAAUGAAGCUGCUAAUGAUGUUUUGUUUGCCAAUGAAUCAUCCAAAAAGAAAGCUGAAAAUUCUGCUGAGACUGGUACUUCAGACCAACGCAAGAGCAAGAAGAAGAAGGUCACCAAGAAAACUGAUGACGAUAAUGAAGAUUCUGAGGAAGACAUUGACGUCACUUCUGUAAUUGUGAGCCAUAUUAAUUUUAAAAAUUUGAAAGUUGGUUCUCAACUAUUAGGUCAAAUUAAAUACAUUACAAAGGAAGAUAUAUGUGUUACUUUUGCGGAUAACAUCUCAGGUUACGUUCCUUUGACAAGCAUCUCUGACCAAUUCACAGAUAUAUUAGAACAAUUAGACGAAUCUAUGAGUGACAGUAGUUCAGAUGAAGAAGGAGAAGAUGAAGAAGAAUAUGAAUCUUCUGAUGAUGUAUCAAGUGAUAAGAAACCAUUGGCCAAGAAGGAAGUCCCAAAUUUGAGAAAUUAUUUCAAAAUUGGUCAAUGGUUAAGAUGUUCUGUUUCAGCUAAUACAGCUUUAGAAACUCAAUCGAAGAAGAACAAGAAAAAGAAGAUUUUAUUAUCUAUCGAGCCAUCAGUUGUCAAUAUUUUAACCGAAGAAGACUUAAAUAAAUCUACUACUGUUCAAUGUUCUGUGAAGAGUAUCGAAGAUCAUGGUGCUGCUUUAGAUCUAGGUAUUGAAGGCAUAACUGGUUUUAUUUCCAAAAAAGAUUAUCUAAAUUUUGACGAGUUAAAACCUGGGUUCGUUUUCUUGGGUAACAUUGCUAAGAAAUCAGGUAGAUCUGUAGUGGUGAACUUGAACUUUUCACCAAAGAACAAAGUUAGUCAAAUCUCAUCAAUCGAUGCCGUUAUCCCUGGUCAAUCUGUUGAUUUAUUAUGCGAAUCUGUUCAACCAACUGGUAUAACAGGUAAAGUUUAUGGUUUAGUUCCAGGUUUUAUUAGUAACGUUCACUUGCAUACAUUUGAUAGAGAAGAAAUUAAGCAUAAAUAUGCCAUCGGUUCUAACGUCCAAGGUAGAAUAUUGGCAUCAUUAAACAACAAGAACGGUGAUAAAGUACUAAUAAUCUCAACUUUACCUCACAUCACAUCAUUGGAAAACAAAUUACAUGAAAUAGAGAAUUUGGAAGCUUUCCCAUUCGGUUACACAUUUGAUUCUGCAUCUAUAAAAGGUCGUGACUCAGAAUACUUAUAUUUAGCACUUGAUGAAGAUAGAAUUGGUGAAGUGCACCAUUCAAAAAUAGGUAAUGCCUUUGAAUCAGAGAAAAUAAGCGCUAGAGUUUUAGGUUAUAACAGUAUUGAUAACGUAUUCCAAUUAUCCACAGAUCCAGAAACUUUGAAAUUAAAGUACGUUAGAGCUGCCGAUAUUAAAAUCGGUGAAUUAUUGACCGGUUGCGAAAUUGUUUCUGUUUCAUCAAAGGGUAUCCAACUUAAAAUAUUUAACAACCAAUUCAGUGCAUUUGUUCCUCCAAUACAUAUCUCUGAUACAAGAUUAGUCUACCCAGAAAGAAAAUUCAAGAUCGGUUCUAAAAUUAAAGGUAGAGUUUUAAGUGUUGACUUCAGAGGUCAUAUUCUUGUCACACUAAAGAAAACAUUAGUUAACGCUGAAGAAAACGAAACUCCGUUACUUGAUUCUUACAAAGCUGCUCAAACCAUCAAGGAUUCUAAUUCUAAAACAACUGCUACAGUCCAAUAUUUCAAACCAAAUGGUUGUGUAGUAUCAUUUUUCGGUGGUAUAAGUGGGUUUUUACCAAACACUGAAAUCUCAGAGGCUUUUGUUAAGAGACCAGAAGAACAUUUGAGACUAGGACAAACUAUUUUGGUCAAAUUAUUGCAAGUAGAAAAGGAAAGAUCAAGAAUCAUUGUUACUUGUAAGGUUUCCAAUGAUAAGGCUGAUUCGCAAAAAGAAACCAUUGAAAAGUUGAUUCCAGGCAAAAGCUUUGUCGAAGCAAGUGUUAUAGAAAAAACCAAAGAUUCUUUGGUAGUCGAAAUGGAAAAAACUGGUUUACGUGGUGUUGUUUACGUCGGCCAUUUAUCUGAUUUGAGGAUUGAACAGAAUAGAGCUGAAAUCAAAAAGGUUAGAAUUGGUUCUAAAUUAAAUGGUCUUGUUAUCGAUAAGGAUACAAGAACGUAUAUUUUCAAUAUGACUUUAAAGGAAUCUUUAAUCAAAGAUGCCAAAGAAGGUAAGCUACCAACAUCCUAUUCUGAAGUCAAAACUUUAGAUAAAUCUACUCCAUUACAUGGGUAUGUCAAAUCUGUUUCUGAUAAGGGUAUUUUUGUAGCCUUCAAUGGUAAAUUUGUUGGUUUAGUUCUUCCAAGUUAUGCUGUUGAGAACAGAGAAAUUGAUUUCAAGAAGUCAUUUUAUAUGAACCAAUCUGUUACUGCUUAUAUCUUAAGAACCGAUGAUGAGCAAGAAAGAUUCUUAUUAACUUUGAAAGAACCUAAGACCAAAGAGAAAAAGAAAACUUCAACUGAUACUGCUGCUAUCAACCCAAUAGAUUCUUCUAUUAAAGAUUUAUCUGAUUUCAGAGUUGGAAGUAUUGUAGAAGGUAAGAUUAAAGGUGUUAAAAAGAACCAACUAAAUAUCAUUUUAGCUGACAAUUUACAUGGUAGGGUUGACAUUGCAGAGGUCUUUGACAAUUUUGCCGAUAUUAAGGAUAAACAACAACCAUUAUCUAAUUUCAAGUCUGGUGAUUUGAUUAAAGUUAAAAUUCUUGGUCAUCAUGAUGUCAAGAGCUAUAAGUUUUUACCAAUUUCUCAUUCCAAUUUGAAAAACAGUGUUCUGGAAUUAUCUAUUAAACCAUCUGAAUUGAAAUCAUCAAAGAUAAAUAUUCCAUCAAUCGAUGAAGUUAAAAUUGACUCAGAAUUGACUGGUUUUAUUAAUAAUUUUGCUAAAGACUGUGUUUGGUUAACAGUUUCUCCAAUUUUAAAGGCAAAAUUACCUUUAUUCGAAUUGUCAGAUGAUGGCUCAAGAUUUUCAGCGAUUGAAGACAGCUUCCCUCUUGGUACUGCAUUGAGAGUGCAUGUCACUUCUGUUGACAAAACUCAUAAUUUUGUCACUGUUUCGAAUAGAUCUAAAUCUGUUAAAAGUAUCGAUGAUGUUAAUGUUGAUGACAUUUUACCAGCACGCAUAAUUAAGGUAAAUGAUAAUUAUGUAUUGUUAGAUUUAGGUCACAAGAUUACGGGUAUUUCCUUCAUUACUGAUGCUCUAAAUGACUUCUCUUCAUCAUUACAUGAUGAAUAUGACGAUAAGUUAAAUGAAAUGGUUUCAGCAAAGGUUAUUUCCAUCGAUCGUGAAACCAAAAAAAUCAACUUAUCUCUUCAAAAUGAAAAAGCUUCUAACAUGAAAUUGAAAUCACAUGAAGAUUUGAAACAAAAAGAUGUGGUUAAGGCUAUUAUUAAAAACGUUACUGAAAAGGGUAUCUUUGUUUAUUUAAGCAGUGCUUUGGAAGCGUUUGUACCAGUUAGUAAGCUGUCUGAUUCUUACUUGAAGGACUGGAAAAAGUUUUACAAACCAAUGCAAUCUGUUAUUGGUAAGGUUAUCAGUUGUGAUGAUAAUUCUCAUAUAUUGUUGACUUUAAGAGAAUCUGAAGUCAACGGUGAAUUGAAGGUAUUAAAAGGGUAUUCUGAUAUUAAGGUUGGUGAUAUUUUCAAUGGUAAUAUCAAAAAUGUUACCGAUUUUGGUGUAUUCGUGAAAUUGGAUAAUACUGUUAACGUUAGUGGUUUGGCUCACAGAACUGAAAUAGCUGACACUGUGCCAGAAAACUUAUCUAGUAUUUUUGGUGUUGGUGACAGAGUUAAAGCCAUUGUUUUGAAGACUAACCCUGAAAAGCAACAAAUAUCUUUAGGUCUAAAGGCCUCAUACUUCACUAGUGCUAAGUCCAAGGAAAAUUCUGAUUCCGAUUUGGAAAGUGAUGAGGAUGAAGUAAUGGCUGAUGUCAAUUAUAAUGAAGAAUCCGAAGAUGAAGCUGAAAUUGACGAUGAAGAACCAAAGUCCUCAAAGACUCCAAUGACAACUGACGGUUUAAGUUUGAGUGCCGGUUUUGAUUGGACCGCUAACAUUUUGAACCAAGCUCAAUCCGAUGAUGAUCUAGAAGAUGAAAUGGAAGAUUUUACUGAGGUUAAAAGAUCUAAACAUAAGAGAUCAAAGACGAAGAUCAUCGAGGACAAAACAAUUGACAUCAAUGCCAGAGCUCCUGAAUCUGUUAGUGAUUUUGAACGUUUAAUUGUUGGUAAUCCAAACUCAUCUGUCAUUUGGAUGAAUUAUAUGGCUUUUCGUUUGCAAUUAAGUGAAAUCGAUAAGGCCAGAGAAAUUGCUGAACGUGCGUUGAAGACUAUUAAUUUCAGAGAAGAGAAUGAAAAAUUAAAUAUAUGGAUUGCAAUGUUAAACUUGGAAAACACAUUUGGUACUGAAGAAACUUUAGAGGACGUUUUCAAGAGAUCAUGUCAAUAUAUGGAUUCUUUCACUAUGCACAAUAAAUUGUUGAGUAUAUAUCAAAUGAGUGAAAAACUAGAUAAAGCAGCUGAACUUUUCAAAGCCACAUCAAAGAAAUUUGGUUCUGAAAAGGUGAGUGUUUGGGUAUCAUGGGGUGAAUUUUUAAUUAACAACAAACAAGCCCAAGAAGCUCGUUCUGUUUUAGCCAGUGCUCUGAAAUCUUUGCCAAAACGUAACCACGUCGAACUUGUAAGGAAGUUUGCCCAACUAGAAUUUGCUAAAGGUGAUCCUGAAAGAGGUCGUUCAUUAUUUGAAGGUUUAAUUGCUGAUGCUCCAAAGAGAAUUGAUAUCUGGAAUGUUUACAUUGACCAAGAAAUCAAGAUCGGUGAAAAGAAGAAAGCUGAAGACUUGUUUGAACGUGUUAUCAACAGAAAGAUUACUAGAAAACAAGCCAAGUUCUUCUUUAAUAAAUGGUUACAAUUCGAAGAAUCUCAAAAUGAUGAAAAGACAGUCUCUUACGUCAAGGCAAAGGCAACUGAAUUUGCUGAAAAUAACCCUAAGGCAUCACAAACUGAUUAG